UUCAGCGUACUCCGAGUCGCCAGUCGCAACAAAUCCACUAAUUGUGACCCAUUCGCGAGCUCGUGUUCGUUCUCAAGACCCGCGAUCCGUCAAAUUGAACUAGUUUUACGUUUAUUAGUUCUACCCCUCUUCAUGGACAACUAGAACUUGCCCGCAACAGUGAUAUUAAUAAUAUAUAUAUAGCGUGUAGAUAUAUACAAAAUCCCAGCAUCGACUCAAUCGUAUCCAUAAGAUGUAUUCGGUUCUAUUCAUACUCCUCGCCGUAUCUCUGGGCGCCUGGUCGGCCACAGUGCAACCGCCGCCCUUGAUCCAAACUCUGAGCUCAGCUGGCGGCGGAGGCAUUGGGCCCGAGUUCAAGCUCACCGAGAACCAGGACGACAUCUCGGAAGAUGCACAAUUCUGGCGGCAAGUAGGCCUAAAGCAACUGGGCAAAGCUAUUGAGCAGGCGAAGCGGGCCAAGGAGAGCUUAUAUCAGCACAAGGCCAAGAACAUUAUCAUCUUUAUUGGCGAUGGCAUGGGCCUGUCCACGAUCAGUGCCGGUCGCAUCUACAAGGGCCAGUAUCUAAAGCAUGGCCAUGGCGAGGAGGAAAUGCUGUCCUUUGACGAGUUCCCCUACACUGGCUUAGCCAAGACCUACAAUGUGGACAAGCAGGUGCCGGACUCGGCGGGCACAGCCACAGCUAUAUUCACAGGCGUGAAGACCGACUAUGGCGCCAUUGGCAUGGACUCAACGCGUUCAAAGACGAACGCCAGCCAGGGACGACUCGAGUCCAUCAUGGAUUGGGCGCAGCGCGAGGGCAAACGCACCGGCGUCGUGACUACCACACGCAUUACGCAUGCCACACCUGCGGCCACCUAUGCAAAGAUCUAUCAUCGAGACUGGGAAUGCGAUACGGAGGUGCCGACGGAUUCAGUUGGCAUACACACGGACAUUGCGCGUCAGCUGGUGGAAAAUGCGCCCGGUAACAAGCUGAAUGUGGUGUUAGGCGGAGGCCUAUCGCCAAUGGGCGCCUACAAUCAGUCGGAGGUGAAAACCGUCAAUUUCGAGGGCGGCACCGAGGACAUUUGCAAGCGCAGCGAUAAUCGCAAUCUGGCCACCGAGUGGCUGCAGCGACAUGCCAAUGACAGCGCCGAUGCGGAGCUGGUCUACACGCGGGAGCAGCUGCUCAAGGUGGAUGUGAAAGAGGUGGACCAUCUGAUGGGCCUGUUCCGCAAUAACCACAUCACCUACUCCAUUGCACCCGAGCAGGGCGAACCCUCGCUGCAGGACAUGACCGAGACUGCGAUCGGUGUACUGGAACGUGGCGAUAAGUCAAAGGGCUAUGUGCUCCUGGUCGAGGGCGGACGCAUUGACCAAGGUCAUCACCAGAAUUAUGCACGUGCUGCCUUGCAUGAGGUCUACGAACUGGAUCUGGCCGUGCAGGCGGCGUUGAAGAUGACCGAUUCCGACGAGACGCUUAUCAUAGUAACUGCGGAUCAUUCCCAUGCGGUCACAUUCAAUGGCUAUCCGGAGCGGGGCGCUGAUAUAUUGGGCGCUGCCAACUUGCACAAGCCCAAGGAUCCCAUGGUAUAUGAGACCAUAACUUAUGCCAAUGGACCCGGCUACUUUGAUCAUUUGGCCAAUGAAACAAAGCCCGCUAACAGCUCCAAUGUGUGGAUGCCGUUUAAGCUAUUCACCAAGGAGCAAAUCGAAUCGCCCACCUAUCGUCACAUGGCCACGCUGGCACUGAAGGAUGAGACGCAUGGCGGCGAGGAUGUGAUUGUCUUCGCUAGCGGCCCAGGCGCCAGUCUGGUGCGCGGUGUCUUCGAGCAGAACUAUUUGGCUUAUGUGAUGAGCUAUGCCGGUUGCAUGGGCCCAGCCAAGAGUUUCGAUGAAUCGUGCAAGCGCCAUCUGUCGCCUGUUGGCGACAACAAUGGAGUCAGUAGUUUUGCUGCUCUGAGACUCAGUAUUGUUCUUCUGCUUGGAACUUGGCUGAUCAUGCUGAUGCUGUAAUCCUUAUUGGCACACAAGCACAUGUGUCUGUGUGUUUUGUUGUACUAUAUAGAAUUUACGGGUUUGUAGUUAACUUGAUUAAUAUGUUAGUAAAAUAAUA